AUGUGGAUAUUGUUGAGCAUUAGUGGCAUUACUAUAGCCUAUAUCUUAUUGUUUACAAACAUACCAUUCAUUAUACGACUGAUUGUAGUCUAUGCGGCUGGCGUCAUAUUACUGUCCCUCAUAGUUGUGGGCCUAAUAUCGGCCGCCGUUAACAAGAAGACAGACGUAACGUAUAAACUGUUGAAUACAUAUAUCGCAAGACAUAUACCGCGAAGUAUGGCAUAUAAUAGACGAGUCCUAAAUAGAUGGGUAUUCCCGGUGUUUAUGACGGGUUGGCGUAAGAAUGGUCUCGAUGUGGACGACCUGUUCCGGUGCUCCCGACACGACGAGUCGCAACGUAUUGUCCGGGAGCUGGAA